AUGGAGAAGUGCCAGUCACUGCCAGAAAGCUUCUCCCUGAGCAACAACGUAGGGAACGGCACCACAGUGACAGAAUUUAUCCUAAUGGGACUUUCUGAUCUCCCAGCUGUUCGCUUCUCCCUCUUUACUGCCUUUUUGCUCAUCUAUCUGGUCACCCUGGUGGGAAAUGGCACCAUCCUUCUUGCCAUAGGAGUCGAUUCUCACUUGCACAACCCCAUGUAUUUCUUCCUCAGUAACCUUUCCUUGCUGGACAUCUUCUGCCCCACAGCUACGGUGCCCAAGAUGUUGGAGAACCUCUUGUCAGAGAGCAAUACCAUUUCCUUUGUUGGCUGUGCGCUGCAACUGUACUUCCUGGUAGCCCUGGCAGGGACAGAGGUCUUCCUCUUGGCUGUCAUGGCCUAUGACCGUUAUGUGGCCGUAUGCAACCCCUUGCGCUACACGGUCAUUAUGAGCAAGAGACUCUGCCUUCAGAUGGCUGCCGGUACAUGGACCACGGGGUUCCUCAACUCUCUCCUGCACAAUGUGUUGACUUUCACUCUACCUUAUUGCAAGUCCAAUAGAGUUAAUCAGUACUAUUGUGACAUCCCACCGGUGUUGGCCUUAUCAUGUGCUUCCACCUAUGUGGCUGAGAUGGUUGUCCUUAUUGUUGGUGGAAUUUUUGGUGUGGGUGCUUUUCUUGUCACGCUGGUCUCCUAUGUUCACAUCAUCUCCACCAUCCUUAGGAUCCGUUCCACUGAGGGGAAGCGCAAAGCCUUCUCUACUUGCACUUCACAUCUGAUGGUGGUGUGCCUUUUUUAUGGGACCACCAUCUUCACUUACAUCAGGCCUUCCUCCAGCCACCAUCCAGACCAAGACAGGCUGGUGAGCAUGCUAUAUGGGGUGGUUACCCCUAUGUUGAAUCCUUUGAUCUACAGCCUUAGAAACAAGGAGGUGAAAGGGGCCUUGAAGAGGGUAAUCAUUCAUAAACGGUAA